AUGGAGGCUCCUGUGGAGGAGUGGCCGUUGUGCGACUGCCUCGUGGCCUUCUACUCUCACGGUUUCCCCAGCGACAAGGCCAAGGCCUACGUGAAGCUCCGAAGGCCUUACGCCCUGAACAACCUGGAGAUGCAGGACGUCUUGCACGACCGCAGAAAGAAGCUGGAGGAGCUCGACAUUGUGGAGGCGGACGACUACAUCCAGGUCAACAGCGUGACGGUGCACAAGCCGUUCGUGGAAAAGCCGGUAGACGCGGAGGACCACAACGUGUACAUUUACUACCCAAUGAGCGCCGGAGGGGGAUCAAAGCGCUUGUUCAGAAAGAUCGAGGACAGGAGUAGCGAGUUCUACCCUGACGUGAACGAGAUCAGGAGAGAAGGCUCCUUUGUCUACGAAUCCUUCGUGGAGACGCAAGGCACCGACGUGAAGGUGUACACGGUAGGGCCGGACNUCCGCAAGGUGUACACGGUAGGUCCGGACUACGGGCACGCCGAGGCGAGAAAGUCGCCGACUUUGGACGGCAAGGUCAACAGAAACGCCGAAGGAAAAGAGAUCAGAUACCCGGUGAUCCUGACCUCGGAGGAGAAGGAGUACGCCCGCAAGAUCACCCUGGCGUUCCGUCAGUGCGUGUGCGGGUUCGAUAUCCUGCGGGUGCAGGGGAGAAGCUUUGUCUGCGACGUGAACGGCUGGAGUUUCGUCAAGAACAGCAGGAAGUGA